UCCUGAGGGGAAGGAGAAAACGGAGCACAGAACGGAACGGAAGUAGAUUGAGUUGGUGAACGGCUCUUACGCGCUUCGUGUGUACGAGGCGGGAGAUCGCUCCAUAAAUGAUGGCUUCGGCUUCUAACAUUGACGUAGACGCCACUCAGCACCUGAGGGACAUUCUGAAGCUGGACCGUCCUGGAGAUCCUGUAAAUGAAAGUACCGGCAGUCGAAAGUCAAGUUCUUUCAAUGGAGAGCUAAAUGGCUUCAUCUGUGAUCCUGUAGCACACCCAGAGGCCACAAGUGUGGAUGGGCCUUUGCUGGACAGUUCUCUCCGGGAAGUUGAGAUGCCGUUCUCUGACAAGCAAGUGAUUUGCCUGUCUGGAGGUGACUCUCCUCCCUGCAUUGAGAUUGUUGGGAAAGAUGUCGAAAUUGUGGCCAGUAGUGAUUCUAAUAUUUGUAGCAAAGCAAGAGGAAGCAAUAAGGUGAAAAUACAGCCCGUGGCAAAAUAUGACUGGGAACAGAAGUACUACAAUGGAAAUUUGAUUGCGGUGUCUAAUGACUACCUUGCAUAUGCUACAAGAGGUUCCAAUGGGACAGCUAUGAUAAGAGUCCUCAGCAUCACCACAGCAGAGCGGAUUUUACUAAAAGGGAUUACUGGUAGUGUCACCGACCUGGCGUUUGCUCACCUCAACUCCGACCAGCUGGCAUGUCUGGAUGAAGCAGGAAGCCUCUUUGUAUGGAAACUCACCAUGAAGAAUGGCAAAAUAAUAGACGAAAUUUUUGUUCACAUAAAAAGACCAGACCCAAUUCCGUUAAAUUGUAAUCGACGGAUAAUCUGGUGCCCCUACAUUCCUGACGAGAACGAGGAUAAUUUGUCAGAGGAUUCUAGCCAGACUAUUGCGUUAUUGCAUGAAGAUAUGGCUGAAAUCUGGGAUCUGGACAUCAUCAGAGCAAACCAUAGCUCCUGGCCUACUCUUAUUAGUGACAUCAAAGAAGGAUUCAUAUCUGUGACCGGACAUUCUGGUUGUUUAAGUGAAGGAGCUCUGUCUCCUGAUGGUACAGUUUUGGCAACUGCUAGCCAUGAUGGUUACGUGAAGUUCUGGCAGAUUUAUAUUGAGGGGCAAGAUCAGCCAAGAUCUGUCAUCAAAGACCUGUCAUCAAAGAUGGGUCCAUGUUUGCCAUGUUCUCUCAGGUGUCUCCACGAGUGGAAGCCUCACAAUGGACGGCCUGUGUCGUGUCUGCUGUUCUGCGACAACCAUAAGAAACAAGAUCCCGAUGUUCCAUUUUGGAGGUUUCUCAUCACAGGGGCUGACCAGAACAGACAAAUUAAGAUGUGGUGCACAGUUUCUUGGACGUGCCUACAGACAAUCCGGUUUUCUCCAGACCCGUUCAGCUCGAGUGUCCUGCCAGGAUUAAAAGCUUCUCUAGAUUUAUCUGCAGAGUUCCUCAUACUUACUGAUGUCCACAGAAAAGUUCUAUACGUAAUGGAGUUACAACAGAAUCAAGAAAAUGGAAAGGCUGCUUUUACCUCCAUUUCUGAGUUUCUGCUUACUCACCCCGUUUUGAGUUUUGGAAUCCAGGAUGUGAGCCGUUGCCGUUUUCAACAUACAGAAGUUCUUCCUUCAGAAGUAGAGAGCGACAAUGUCAGUGAAGACGAUAACCUGGAAAUGGAUGAAGAAGACUCGGCGGUUCUUAUAAAGCUCUUUUGUGUCCACACAAAGGCUUUGCAGGAUGUUCAGAUCAGAUUUAAACCGCACCAGGGCCCGUCAACAGAAACCGCUGCCCUGUCUUCAAGAGACAGACAUGAUGGUCUUGCUACUCCUGAUCAGAUAAUAGAUCUUGGAACUGAAAUGUGUCCGGUUUCAGAAUCCCAUCAUGAACUUCUGCCUGAUAGUCUAAGAGCCUCUGCAGACUUUCUGUUGAUGCCAACAGACUCGAAACCUAAACUGAUGACUCCUGAUGCUUUCAUGAUGCCCAGUGUUACAGUUCAGCAGAUUGUCUCCACUUCUACAAGCCUUGGUUCACUCACCUCUGUCACUACACUAAAUAAUCUCUCAAGCAGCGAUACUUCUCUCUCCAGGUCUGUUGAUGAACUUACACUUAGUCCAAAGCUAAAAAUGGACAAUAGCAUAACUGGUUGUAUGAGUGGAUCAAGUAGUGGAAGCUUUCAAGCAUCUUCAAGAACCCCUGCAGUGCUUAUUCCCGGACUGUCUGACUCACUAACACCUAAACCUGUUGUUCAGGUUUCUUCACCUAACCUUCCCAUCGAACUCCAGAGUUUGGAACCCUUGGUGGUACCACAGUCUUCCCCGACUCGUGAACGAUCUCCUGAUGUGAUAUCAAGCGCUUCCACAGUCAUAUCCCAAGAUAUCCCAGAAAUUGCUUCUGUGUCACUGCAAAGAAGUUAUCCGUCAUCUAUAUCUGUUGUCCAAGAAGAGAAUUGUGCAUCCAAUCAUGCCCCAAGCAUGAGCUCUGCCGCUUCUGCACUUCAGCUUUUAUCGACGCGUAGCCGCAACACAUCCGAGCUUGGACUACGGCCGCUGGAGUUUCCGUCUUCCAUGGCUGAUAGUGAGCUUGUUAGUGCACCAGGUCUAGAAAAUUCAAAGCUUAAGGAUCAGAUGGAGGAAGUUAUUUCCCAGCCGUGGCCAGCAGCACCCGAUAUAACGCGAGAAACCAAUAACAGCUUAAUAGAAAGUGACCGCGAUGAUGAAGUGGCCACAUUUGCAGCCAGCCUAAAUAGUUUUGGAGGAAAGGGGCAGAGUCCACGUCUGCUUGUGAAGGACUGGAACACCCAAGUAUCGCCACGUUGUUCCCCAAAACCCUACAAGAAGUGCAUCAAAGAUGACAUAGACCUACCAUUGUCUCCAAAAUUGGCUGAAAACCAUGCGAACUUCGAACAUGGGGAACUGAUGUCUCUUCUGUACAUGCAACAAAGGGAACUUUCAGAGCUGCGUCAAAACCAGAUUGAGCUUAUGCAAAGACUGACUGAUCAUUUGGAUGCAGUUCAGAGCUCUAUCAUGGGCCAUAUGGAACGUGUGAUUGAUACGCAACAGCAGCAAGAACAAAGGAGAUUAGACAGAAUCCUAAAUGACGGACAGCAAAGAAGUGGUCAGCUACAAGAGUACCUUUCUCAGCAACUUUCCCAUUCUCUUUCUGGUUCACUCUGCAGUAGACUUGACAAAACAGUCCGUGAAGAGUUUAAGAAGUCCAUUCCUCAGUGCAUCAGUAAGAGCUUGGAUCCAGUCACUGCGCAGCUUAGCAGCACAAUUGGAGCAAAACUGACUUCUAUUGAGGGAUCACUAAAGGAAAACAUUGGCAAGAUGGUUAAAUCUAAGAACAUUACAGAUGCUAUAGGCCGAGCAGUUGCUGAUGCACUUCAUGUACCCAUCCAUACAACUUACAGAGAAGCCUUCCAGAACACUGUACUUCCAGCUUUUGAGAAGGGUUGUCAGUCUAUGUUCCAGCAAAUAAACAGCAGCUUCAAGCAAGGCACCCAAGAGUAUAUGCAGCAAUUGGAAACUCAUCUUAAGACGAAAAAAGAAAAUGAACAAGAAAUGAGGGAGCCCCUGGUUACACAACUACAGCAACUUCUAGAUUCUCUCCAGUCAACGACGGACCAGCUGUCUUCAAGCCUGAGUGGGAAUGUGAGAUCUGAAGUGCAGCAGCAAUUACAUGUAGCUGUAGCAACUAUGCAAGACUCCAUCUUAUCACAGGUUCAAAGAAUCAUCAAAGAAGAAGUGAACCAUGCAAUGAAGGAACAGCAAGCGGCGGUUACCUCAAGCAUUAUGCAUGCCAUGAGAUCUGCUGCAGGGACACCUAUUCCUUCUUCCCAUCUCGACUAUCAGUCUCAACAGACACACAUCAUGCAGCUACUUCAGCAAGGCCACCUUAACCAAGCUUUUCAACAGGCCCUAACAGCUUCAGACCUGAACUUGAUCCUGUACGUCUGUGAGACGGUGGACUCUCAACAAGUCUUUGGUCAACAUCCCUGCCCUCUCACUCAGCCUGUCCUGCUCUCUCUCAUCCAGCAGCUGUCUUUUGACCUUUGUACCCGUACUGAACUCAAACUCAACUACUUAGAAGAAGCAGUUAUGCAUCUUGAUCAUAACGACCCUGUGACAAGAGAUCACAUGGGAAGCAUCGUCGGUCAAGUGCGGCAAAAACUAUUCCAGUUCUUGCAAGUGGAGCCUCAUACCUCCUUACAGAAGUCAGCAAGGCGACUGAUGAUUAUGCUUCAGGGGAUUGUCCCCUCCAUCAAUUAGACGCAUUCCAACGCUGUACAGGCUCUCAGCAACUGAACUGAUUGUAAACUAGGUGCUUUUGCUUUUUCUCUCUCGCCCUCCCUUCUCUUAUAUAUGGCUAUUUUUUUAAAUGUUCUUUCAAACUGUGCCUAUGUUCCUCAGCAUACAGUGGGGGGGAAGGGUGGAGUCCUUGUGAUUGUUGACUGAACAGCCACAUAUCCUUAUCAGUCUUAUUUAAUCAUUGAAUAUCUUUAUUGGGUGAAAUUUUAAUUUUUAUUUUUUUUCCUUCAUUGUAAAAUUGCGAGAAAGCAUAUUUACAUAUUUGUGUUUUUAGACAAUAUAAAAAAAAAUAUAUCUAAUAAAUUUUCAUUCUUG